AUGGACACGAAGGACAUAAAGAACAAGGACUCCACUACUGCUUCGACUGAAAUCGAGCACAGAGACGGCACCCAUGUCACUUUCGAGGCUAUCGAUGAAGCCGAGGAGAGGCAAGUCGUACGCAAGCUCGAUCUCCAUGUGCUCCCUCUGAUGACCUUGGUAUAUUUCUGCAUGUACUUGGACAAGCAAUCGAUUACAUACGCUGCCAUUUUCGGAUUGCGCUCAGACUUGAACCUAACUGGCGAAGAGUACAGCUGGUGUGUCUCGGUAUUCUACCUUGGUCAGCUACUUUCCAACUGGCCUGCCGCAUACCUCCUCGGCCGACUGCCUUUGAAGACCUUCAUCGGCUGCACCAUCGUUGUCUGGGGCGUGGCCUGCGUUUGUGUAGGUCUCCCCCAAAGAUUUGGAGGAAUGAUGGCUGCACGAUUCUUUCUCGGUUUAACCGAAGGCGCCGUCUCUCCAGCCUUUGUCAUGUUGACCUCGGUCUGGUACAAGCGUCGAGAGCACCCUGUUCGCGUUGCCACUUGGGUAUCUAUGAAUGGCUUCGCUCAAAUCAUGAAUGCACUUAUCAUGUUCGGGCUUGGCCGUGCUAAACUGGCUAUCGAGUCCUGGCGGGUACUCUUCUUUAUCAUUGGUGGGUUGACUGUCACGUCUGGGCUGCUGUUCUACUUCCUGCUCCCAGGAGACACCAUGACAGCCUGGUUUCUGACGCCUCGCCAACGAGAGAUCGCCACUAGGAGGCUCGCUAUAGAUCGCAGCACCCGCGAUCGCACAGACUUUAAUCGAUCUCAGUUUAAUGAAGCUUACAAGUCACCCAUCACUUGGCUCUACGUAUCAAUGGCGCUUGGUAUUACUCUCACGACAGCCAUAAUCAAGUUUUCUUCAAUCGUUAUCAACGGCUUCGGUUACGAUAAGUAUACUACGAUGCUCGUGGGGCUGCCCGGCGGUGCCCUGAACAUUCUGACUACUUGGUUUGGAGCUUUUAUCCCGCGUCUCGUCAACAGCAAGUACAGUCGAACGUGUACGGCCCUUUUUCUGUGCUGCAUACCCCUUCUGGGCGCCAUAUUGCUUGCGACGCUGCCUGCCUCCAAGUCUUGGGGUAUCGUUGUGUCAACCUGGAUGGCGAAUGCUGUAACUUGCUUGCUCAGCAGCUGCUCAGCUCUCAUGGCUAGCAACGUGAAAGGAAACACGAAGAAGUCGUCGACCACAACAGUCUUUUUCGUGGCUUAUUGCGUCGGCUGUAUCAUCUCACCUCAGGCUUGGACUGAGGCUGACGCGCCCCGGUAUCUUAAGGGAUGCAUCCUCAGCAUCGCUUCGUUGGUUUACCUGAUGAUCACUUUGGUCGUUUACGCAUUUCUGAUGGACAAGGAAAACAAACUGCGGGACAGAAAGGCGGCAGAAGGUCACGUUGACUACAUGGUGGAGUCACAAGGGCGUGCCGCGGGCAUCCAGAGUGGCGUGGCCAUUGAUUCGGACUUGACUGAUCGCCAGGACAAGGCCUUCCGAUACAUUCUGUAA